UGUAAAGUAAAGGUUAAGAUGUAAUCGUUUUUACGAUCUUUGUAUUUAUUUAUUCCGUUUGUUUUAGUAAAUUAAUUUUUAUACUAUUUGUAAUGUUAUUUUUGUAUACGGUAAGCCUUCAAGCCGAUUACUAGUUACUACCGAACAAAAUUCGUGCACGAAGUAGACAAUUUAAAUAACUUCAAUUAAACACGAUGUUUCCGGUACGUGGGAAUGAAAUCAAAAAUUUUUGAAACUUUUUAAUGAGCAUUGAUGUGUUUAAUCCUUUGUAUUCUAUUUAGAACUAAUUAAGAGCUUCCCCUAGUAUGUUUGUACUAAAUUUUAAACUGGAAAUGAUCCACGCGUUAUUCCGUUUUUGUUGCGUCGUUCGUGCGUUACUAUCGACGAAAUUCGAGUCAACUUUUUCCAACCAGCGUUUGCGAUAUGGCUCAAGACAAAGAUGGUUUCACGCCAGAAGAUAUUUUCGUCACUGAAAUCACCCAUCGACAUCUCGAAAUCAUGAUUCAGGUUAUAGAAAUGUCUAUCAGAAAAGUAGCUAUUGAAGGAACAGAUCGUAAAGAACCUGUCCUACGAUAUCGAAAUCCGGAUCAUUUGAAACAAUUAUUUUCAUUCGAUAUAGAAAAAAAGCCAUUCGAAGGUGACAUUUUACGCUUAAUCGAAGAUCUGAUUACUUAUUGCACCAAGACGGGACACCCUAGAUAUUUUUAUCAAUUUUCUGCUGGUUUGGACAUGCACGGACUUCUUGGAUCGUGGUUGAUGGAUAUUUUGAACGUGAAUACUUUCACUUACGAAGGUGCUCCGCUGUUCACUUUGAUGGAAAAAUUUGUAAUUAACGAAAUUACUUCGUUAUUCGGAUAUCCUGAAACAAGCGGAGGUAUUUUUUGUCCAGGAGGUUCGUUGGCAAACGGAUUCGCCAUAAACCUUGCUCGAUAUUUGAAAUUCCCCGAUGUCAAAUCAGACGGUAUGAAUAUUGGGGCACAUUUAAUCGUGUUCAUUUCCGAAGACGCUCAUUAUUCGAUACAUAAAAUGGCUGCUCUGUUGGGUAUCGGUGAAAGAAAUGUGAUAGCUGUAAAAACCGAUGAUUUUGGUCGUAUGGAUACAGCACAUUUGCUGCAGUUGAUAGAAAAUUAUUCCCAGAGACCGAAUUAUCAUCCUUUUAUGGUUAUUGGUACUGCUGGAACCACUGUAUUAGGUACUUUUGAUCCUAUCGAAGAAAUAGCCGCCAUCUGUAGUAAAUACAAGCUUUGGUUCCAUGUAGACGCUGCUUGGGGAGGAGCUGCGAUAUUUUCCGAUAAAUAUAAACACCAUUUGAAAGGGAUUGAAAAGACAGAUUCUUUCGUGUGGAAUCCUUCGAAAACUUUAGCUGUUCCGCAACAGUGCUCUUUACUAUGUGUUCGAAAUGGUCUUUUAAUGAAAUCCGCUCAUUCUUUCGGUGCCUCUUAUCUAUUCCACGAUAAAUUCUACGGAUCCGGUCACGAUUUGGGUGACACGUAUAUACAGUGUGGUCGUAAACCAGAUGUUUUCAAACUUUGGAUGUUAUGGAAAAUGAAAGGAUACGAAGGUGUGAAAUAUCACGUGAAUUGUUUGUUAGAAAGAGCCGAAUAUUUAACGAAUCGAAUAAAAGAAAAUGAAAAUUUCAAAUUGGUCUGCGAACCUUCUUACAUCAAUAUUUGUUUUUGGUACAUUCCUGAAGCUCAACGAGGCCAAAAUAUAGGCGAUAUUUAUCAAGAAAUUGACAAAGUUGCUCCCAGAGUAGGAGAAAUUAUGCUACGUAAUGGUUCUGCGAUGAUCAACUGGCAACCGUUGAGACGUUUUCCGAAUUUUUUUAGAUUCGUAUGCUGCAGUUCAGCGAUCAACGAUUCAGAUUGCGAUUAUCUGCUUUCAGAAAUUCAACGAAUCGCCCAAGACUUAUAACGCCGAACAUAUAAUAGACAGCAAUUUUGUACAUUUCAGAAAUACAUUCGAUCUUCUCA